GUCUUCCCAAAUACCCCAAAACCACUCUAGAUGUACGACACUUCUACUGUAUACUCUCAAAUCUCAUCUCUCAUUCUCUCUCUCUCUUUCGCCGUGAAGAACAUCAUCACGAAUCUCUACAGGUAUUCGCAUUCUCGAUUCAUAGAAUGUAAGAUCACUCGCAGAUUCAUUUUCAAUCUCCUUUUUCAACACAUUAUUCGAAUCUCUUCAAGAUUUCGCACUUUUAGCUGUUUUUUCUGGAUAAAUUGGAGCGGUUACUCGAUUUUACUCGGUUUUACAAGCUUUUACUCGGUUUUACUCGGUUUUAAUCGGUUUGAUUGAGGCAAUGUGACGAUAGUUUGUGAUCAGUGAUAGUAAUGAUGGUGGCUGCUGUAUCUGUAUCUGUAUCUGGACCGGUAGAACGGCAAAAUAGCAGAAUCAAUUCAGGCGAGGCACAUCGGAGACCGCCAUUGUUGCCGUCAGAGAGAGAUAAUGGUGUAUCUGGACCUAAAAAAACGAAAUCAAGGCAAGUUUCUUCUAGGUAUAUGUCUCCUUCUCCAUCAACUUCAACUUCAACUUCUUCGAGUUUUUCUACAUCUUCUACUCCUAGGAGAUGUCCAUCUCCUUUAGUUUCUAGAAAUUCGGCAUCGUCGGCGUUGAGUACGCCGGCAUCGGGAGUGAAACGGUCCGUAUCGGCGGACAGACGUAGGUCGUUGUCUUCACGUCCAUUAACGCCAGAUCUUGAAUCGAGGCUUAAGAAUGUGAGUGAAGUUUCAGCUGCUACUAGGUUACUUGUUACUUCCACUAGAAGCUUAUCUGUUUCGUUUCAAGGAGAAGCGUUUUCGCUUCCAAUUAGUAAGACAAAAGUGACUCCGUCGUCUCCGAAUUUGAGUAGUGUGAGAAAAGGUACGCCGGAAAGGAGAAGAUCUAUCACGCCUUUGAAAGGAAAGGUUGAUGGAGGUGUAGAUCAGGUUGAUAACUCGAACUCGAAGUCAGUUGAUCAGCAUAGAUGGCCGGCUAGAACUAGGCAACCGAAUUUUCUUGGGAGGAGUUUGGAUUGUUCUGAUGACAGACAUAAGCUCUUUGGAUCUGUUAGUUUGAUGAGGACACUGCAGCAAUCUAUGAUUGAUGAUACACGACGUAGUCUUGAUUCUGGUAAUGGUGAUAUGCGGAAAGCAAGUAAUCUAUCCCCAGAAGGAAAUUCCAUUAAUGAGUUUGCUGUGCCUUCAGAUCUUACUGCCUCUGAUUCAGACAGUGUUUCUUCUGGUAGUAACUCAGGGGUGCAUGACUUUGGUGGAAUAGCCCGUGGUCGAAUAGGGCGAACAGGAAAAGAUGGUUCGGCUAGGUUUUGGCAGGAGACAAAUAGUCGGUUAAGGAGGUUACAUGAUCCUGGCUCACAAUCACUGAUGAGUCCUGUGGCCAAAUUUAUGCCCUCAUCCAAGUUUGGCCAGCCUAAAAAGUUCCAGACAGAUAGUCCGGUGUCUUCUCCAAGAACUAUCUCAUCUCCUCUUAGAGGAGGUGGUAUUAGGCCCGCUUCGCCUAGUAGAACCGUGUCAUCAUCACCAUUGAGGAGGACUGCUAGUCCUUCUCGGGUGAGGAAUUCAGUUGGUGGAAUUAUCAAUAGUAGUUUUAAUGAGACCCCUUCUGUUCUUAGCUUUGCAGUUGAUGUCCGAAGAGGAAAGGUGGGGGAAAAUCGCAUUGUUGAUGCGCAUAUGUUAAGGCUCUUUUAUAAUCGGUAUUUGCAAUGGCGGUUUGUAAAUGCUAACACCGAAUCAGCAUUGUUGACACAGAAACGAAGUGUGGAGAAGAAUCUGUGGAAUGCUUGGAGAACGAUCUCAGACAUAAGAGAUUCAGUGACAAAGAAAAGGCAUCGAUUAAAGUUGCUGAAACAAAAGUUGAAGCUGGCCUCCAUUCUCAAAGAACAAAUGAAAAGUUUGGAAGAUUGGGCGUGUUUGGAUAAAGAUCAUUCGAUUUCAUUGUUUGGAGCAAUAAAAGCUUUGGAGGCUAGCACUCUUAGACUUCCGGUUGUAGGAGGAGCCCUUGCUGAUGUACAAAGUAUAAAUGAUGCUAUCAAUUCAGCUGUUGAUGUAAUGCAGGCAAUGGGUUCAUCAAUUUGCUCCCUUCUCUUGAAGGUUGAAGAAUUGAAUAGUUUAGUGGCUGAACUUACAAGGGUGAUUGGCAAAGAGAAAGCUCAACUUGAACAAUGUAAAGAGUUCUUAUGGUCAUUAUCAGCAAUGCAGGUUAAGGACUGCAGUUUGAGAACACACACAUUGCAACAUAACCGCGAACCAACAGCCUGACUACACAUGUAGUAGAGAAACUGAUGAACCCGAACCCGACCCAUUUUAAAACAACCUAACUUCACAUUGACUUUCUCAACAUUACCGACAACCCACCCCGAAUGAUUAGGUUUUACUUUCUUGAAAAUUAGCCUAAAGCAAGCCCUAAGCCUCUCAUUGUUCAUGGUGUAUGGUUUAUUGUAUUACUAAUUAACUUUUCUUUUUGGAAACCCUUAAUGUAAAAAUGUUACCAAUUAGAUCAUCAUUAAACUAAUCAUGU